AUGACCUCGUUGGACACGUGGAAUACGGUUGCUCGCUUCUUCACUACUGUGUGCGUACAUCUUAUCAUUUUGUUUGUUGUAGUUCUCUUCUACGGUAAAAAUUUUUUCAUCCGAAAAAAGAAUUUCCUGAUAUUUUUUUCCCGCGUACCGCUUCAACAAAGCUCGGCAUCUCUUCAUUGCACCAGCCUGGUAGCUCCUUUACUGAAACCUAAUUUGAAGAGUCUUCACGCGUUUUGUCACUAUCCGACAUUUUAUAUUAGCCUUCCAUAUACAUAUUUCUAUGGAACUGUUGGAUUUUUCAUUAGCGUUCGCCACUUAAAACGACAUUUAGGCAAAAUGGUCGUAAAUAAUAAUAAUGCUCUUACAUCUCAAGACGCACUUAUUUUACACGAUCUUAAAAUUAUAGCAGCAUCAAUGGGAAUAGUACAAUACAUUUGUCUUCUAGUUGGAUGUUUGACACAAAAUCCUGCCUUAUUUCUGCCGCAUAUGACAGCUAAUCUAAUAACAGUGUUUGCUAAAAUACUGAAUGUAUUACUUACGCUUUCCAAAAUUAAUAUAAAAUCAAUUGCUUUAUUCAGACAAAAAACUGCAACAAUCGCAAUAAUGAUGUUUAAUUGGUGUCAAGAAUUUUGCGUUUUCAGACAAUAUCUUUGCAUUUGUGAUCUUUGA